UUUCUGACCACACUUAUCACAGUUCAUUUAAAAGUCGGACGUCUUCCGCAUAAGUGAUUUUUGAAAUACAGAGUGCUUAGUUACUGUAAAGCAACGAACUUGUGUAAUUAAAUACGUCUUUCAUAAACAUUACGUUGAAAGUAUUUAAUUUGUUGUUGUGUCAUAAGAUUAAAAGAAUUCAAGUUAUUGAUCUAGUGCGUUUUUUUAAAAGUUAUACGUCUUUUAAAUAAAGUGAUUUUUAAAUAAAUACAAAGCUUGUUAAAUUACCGAAAAGCUAAAAAAUAAAAUUUUAACUAAGUGAUAACUCUAUCGUCCACACUUGGUAAAAGAAAUUAUUUGAAUUUUUAUUUCGAUCCAAUAACAAUCAAAAAGGUAUUGAUCGAAAUGUCGUCGAUUACAAAAGGUCACUUGAUGUCUGCAAUUUUUGAAAGUGAUACUAAAAAGUUUAAAAAAUUAUUGAAAUCAAGUAAAGUGUUACAACUUUCUAUUCUGCGCGGUGAAUAUAAUAUUCUCAAAAUGGCAGUGAGGCGCAAACGUGUAAAGGCGGCUGAGUUAUUGGCUAAAAAUUGCAUUAAAAUAAGACAUAAAAAAUUGGAUCGUUCUUCGAACACCCUGCUUCACGAUGCUGUUCGAUUGGGACAGCUUAAAGUUGUUAAAAUACUUGUGAGUAAAGGUGCUGAUGUAAAUGUAAGCAUUAGAAAUGGGAUGACUCCUCUUCACAUUGCAACUAAACAUGGAUAUCUCAAGAUUAUGGAUUAUCUUCUACGUAAUGGUGCAGAUGUGAAUGCAAGAUGUCCAGGACCUUAUUAUGUUGGAUUUACGCCCCUACACUUCGCUUGCGAAUCGAGAAAUCUUAAAUAUGCGAAAUUAUUACUAAAACAUAAGGCUUCUGUUAAUCCAACAAACAAUGAUAUUCAUCCGAUUCAUAUUUCGGUUGGUUCUCUUCAUUUAAAAAUGACUCAAUUGUUAUUGGACUAUGGCGCAAGUAUGGCUGUUAACAAACGAUUUCAUUUGGAUCAUUUUCAAAUCAAAGGUUUUAUAAUGGGCUUCAAUGCUCGAGGAUAUACGAGGGUAGAAGAAGCUACAAUACGAUACGGGGAAGACGAUUUAACUUUAUUACACCACGCAGUUACUCGUUAUUCUAUACCUAUGGUAAAAUUAUUAUUGGCAUAUGGAGCAGAUGUAAAUAUUUUAAGCAAUAUUGGUUCAUCUCCAUUGUCAGAUGCUGUAGUAGACCAUAAUAUUCAAAUGGUUAAGUUCUUAUUAAAAAACGGAGCUCUUGUAAACUACGAUUUUGAUGACUGUAAAAAGAUAGUAAUAAGAAAAGUUAUUAAAAACCAAGACGGUAUAAAUAUAUAUUAUUGUAAAUCACAGUAUAGUUUAAAAGAUAAAAAAUUAGAAAUCAUAAAAUUACUAAUUGAUGCAGGAGCUAGCAGCAAGGUAUCAGAUAAUGACUAUAGUCUUCUCUUUUACUUUAUUUUGUUCGGGUAUAGAGAAAUAGUUAACUAUCUUCUGUAUCACACCGAUUUCAAUUUCUUUUAUAUAGAUAACUAUCCAGUCUUUCUUGCUCUUUUUAAUGAAGAUCUUAUCGAUCAAACUCCAGAGAUUGCCAAUGACACAGAAUAUAUCACAAAGCGCAAGCUCGAAUGUAAAGAACUUUUUUACGACUUGAUAGCAGAUAGAUAUUCGAAAUAUUCUAUAGGUUUCCCGAAAGAAACCGAGAUAAGUUAUCAAAUCUUGACUGAAAGUCCAUUUAAUCUUAAAAUCACAAAAGAAGAACAUGAGGAUAGAAUUGAACAAAUAAAAAAAAAAUUUCAAGGAAUUGUGCAUGAUUUAAAACGUGAAAAAAUUGGUGAUAGUUAUAUUACUUUUUAUCAUAUUCUUACUGCAAAUUCGUACCAAUUAAUAAGGUUUGGAUUAAAUGAAGAUUUUAGAGCGUUACGUAUAGAUGAUUACAAAGAAAAAUAUUUUAUAUACUUCAAUAUUCUAAAAAAUAGGAUACAAUAUGCGGUUAACAAUGGCUUAUCACUGGAAAUACAUAAUAAGUUUGUUUAUUCUUUAUUUAAAAAUGUACUACCAUAUGACUGUUGCGAAAAAAUUGUUACAUAUUUGGAUUAUAUUAAAUUAAAAGCUAAAUCUGAUGUUUUUAAGUAA